ACCACUUUCCGGCCGGUGGCACAGUCGGGUUGAAGUUAUCGGGGUCUGGGACGCCAUGGGGGCUACUGGGGACGUCGAACAGCCGCGGGGACCUACCGGGGCCGAACGGGGCGGCCCCGAGCUGGGGGAUGCAGGCGCAGCAGGGCAGCUGGUUCUGACGAACCCUUGGAACAUAAUGAUAAAGCACAGGCAGGUGCAGCGAAGGGGCCGCCGCUCCCAGAUGACAACAAGUUUUACAGAUCCUGCUAUCUCCAUGGAUCUCCUUCGAGCUGUCCUGCAGCCUAGCAUCAAUGAGGAGAUCCAGACUGUCUUCAACAAAUACAUGAAGUUCUUCCAGAAAGCAGCCAUGAACGUUCGGGACAAUGUGGGGGAAGAGGUGGACACAGAGCAGCUGAUCCAGGAGGCCUGUCGGAGCUGUCUAGAGCAGGAACCAUGUCUUUCCACCCUGAGACUUUCUGUUCUUCUCCUGCCGCCCUGGCCUAGCUUCACCUCCAGCCUUCUGCCUCACAGGCUGCCUUCUCAGCCCGACCACCCACUCAAGGAGCCCUGUCUGGCUAAGCUACUGUUCUCAGAUGGAGAAAAAGUAAUACCCAGAUUGGCCCACGAGCUUCCCGGGAUAAAGCGUGGCCGACUGGCAGAAGAGGAGUGUGCCCAUCGAGGAAGCCCCAUUCCUAAAAAGAGGAAAGGACGGCCUCCUGGACACAUGCUGUCAAGUGAACGGGCAGCCGCUGGCAUGGUCAGAUGGAAGCCAAAAUCCUGUGAACCAAUUCGCCGGGAAGGUCCCAAGUGGGAUCCAGCUCGGCUGAAUGAAGCUACUACCUUUGUUUUGGGAUCUCGAGCCAACAAGGCCCUAGGCAUGGGAGGCACCAGAGGGAGAAUCUACAUCAAGCACCCACACCUCUUUAAGUAUGCAGCUGACCCCCAGGACAAGCACUGGCUGGCCGAGAAUCACCACAUGCGUGCAACAGGGGGGAAGAUGGCCUACCUUCUCAUCGAGGAGGACAUCCGGGAUCUUGCUGCCAGUGACGACUACAGAGGAUGCCUGGACCUGAAAUUAGAUGAACUGAAAUCCUUUGUCCUGCCCUCCUGGAUCGUUGAGAAGAUGCGCAAGUACAUGGAGACACUAAGGACAGAGAAUGAGCAUCAUAGUGCUGAAGCUCCUGGGCAGACCUGAGGCCGGCUGUCUUGGCUACAGUGGGCAGCCUGCACCCAAGACCUUGUUUCCCACAUGGGGAGGCUACCAUUGGGACUGCUCCUAGCUGGAUUUCCGUGGAAUUAAACUCUGCAUGGGGUAGUCUGUAGGAACUCAAUACAGAGCUCCCCAGACUGGCAUGUGGGUCUAUAUUUGUAAAGUUAUUGAGAUAAGCAAUUAAACUGUUUGUAAUAAACACA